CUCUGUUUCAUUAGAGUCAACUCUUCACUCUCCACAGGUUCUGAAUAAAGGCCGUAACUUUCUUACUCCAAAAAAGAGAGAAUUUUGAAAAAUCCUCUUCGAAUGGCAACCUUUCUUUCUUUCACGCCUCUUUGUUCCUUCAAUUCCAUAAACAAACCAAGGGUUUAUAUCGAAAAUUCGACUCGCAGGAAGGUUAUUCGGGUGAAUGAAGUGUUUCGGAACUCGAAAGCUGCAAACUUUCAGUCUUGGGAGGUCAAGGCCACAGAUGGUACUCCAACGACCAAAGUAAAUAGCAUAGUAUGUUCUGCAUGUGAGGGAAAUGGUGCGAAAGCGGGUAGUCAAUGUGAAGGUACGGGAGUUAAUUCUGUAGACCACUUCAACGGACAGUUUAAAGCUGGUGGAGUAUGUUGGCUUUGCAGGGGGAAGAGGGAGAUUUUGUGUGGAGAUUGCAAUGGUGCCGGGUUUUUGGGCGGCUUCAUGACCACGCAUGACGCCUAGAUCGUUGCAACCAGCAAGGACAUAUACGAUUCUUAGAAAUUUCGACCAGAACAGAAAAGACCAAAAUAUGUUGCUCAGUGUAGUGAAAUGUUGUACUUGGUAAACAAGUCAAGAACUCAUUCCUUUGAUUAGAUACUGUAAUAUGGUUACUGCAUUUAAGACAGACCGCGAUACUCUUUA